AUGGGUGCCAGACAGACCCUCAUGGAGAUGGCAAAAAGCAGCGAUUCAGAGAACGAGUAUGAGGUCCUUUACCCUGGGGAAAAGGCCACUCAAGCGAUCCUGAAUGAUAGCGAGUUUUACUGCAACUUCAUGCCCAAUACCGAUACGCUGUCCGAGUCCAUCCUGUUUUGUUGUGGGAGCGCUCCCGUCCACAUGGCGCUGCUGAUCGCGGCUUCGCUCGUGCGCAGAUUUACAGAUGCGCGCUUUAACUGGGCCACGAAAACAUUGCAGUCGUUCCUAGAGAUCGUUUGCUGGAGCAGCGUCACGUAUGCGACCUACUUGCUCGAUGGAGACGUGCUCUUUGCAUUAGAAGUCGGUACGUUUGUCGGUGCUGUGAUGUCGGUAUGCGACGAAGUUGUGCUGCGUCUCGUGCGCGGUUUGGCUCGUAUGAUUCGCAAUCAAUCAGGAGGCGGAGAUUUACCGCAGCGGCUUGGCUUUGACGUGCCAAAGAAUGGCAAGGCACCGACGGACGGCCAGGAGAUCACGCUCAUCAAGAAUCUGGUAUUUGGUUACCUUGGUGUCGUGGCGAAACGCUCAUUGUGGGAGAACUUCCACGACGUAAAGUUUUUUGCAUUGCUGACGGCGUGCACGGGAGUGGCUUUCGUGGUUAUGGCCGAGUUCUUCUCUCUCUUGCUGCCGACGCGACGUGUAGGAUUGACUCUGCAGUUGCGGUUCACAAAGGCAGGACAGAACUGGCAGGACCACGGCUUCCGAUCCCUAUUUGAGUUGCUCUGCUGGGCGCUGUCGACGACCUACUUGGUCUACAGUUUGGAGGAAUUUUGGUGGGCCUUUCAGCUAGGAACAUUAGUCGCAGUGGGUGUAAGUCUAAGCUCAGGACUUGACCACCUCGCAGACAUUGACAUGAGUCAUGUCGAGAAGAGCGAGUACGGUUAUUGGGAGGAUCGAGCACUGGACGAUCCAUUCAUGGCGGAGGCUAUGGCCAUGUACGAAAAUGUUGGCGAGUAA